UGGAAAGUUCUCUGCCCUUCUUUAAGCGCUUGUCAGAUACCACACUGCUCGACAACGUGGACUGGCAAGCAGAUGCACUGAGACUAGGCAUUCUUCUUUCACACAAGUGUGACUGCUACACAGCUAGCUGGGAGUUGUGUUUUGUUUGCAGCAGCCGUCACAGGAAAGUUAGGCUAGCGGAGAGCCCUAACUUAACAUCUGCUAGCUAGUCGCUGUUGACGUUGGUCGGGUUGUUGCUUGUAACACUUGACGUGGUUUGAGGAGUAGCUAGCGCUAGCCGUCAGCACUAUUAGCCCGUGUUAGUUUGGAUUGUGCUGCAGGUCAGAGUAGGAGGGGGCAAUCUGCUUCAUGACGAUGACUGCAGAGGAGCAGACAAGCGAAGGACAGCACACCAUCCAAAUGGAGGGAGAAGACAUCACACCAAAGAAAGACGGGGGCGUUUUGAAGCUCGUUAAACGGGAGGGCACAGGCACUGAGCUGCCUAUGACUGGUGACAAAGUGUUUGUGCAUUAUGUGGGCACACUUCUGGAUGGGACUCACUUUGACUCCAGCAGAGACAGAGGAGAGAAGUUUUCCUUUGAGUUGGGCAAAGGACAAGUAAUUAAGGCAUGGGACAUCGGUGUGGCCACAAUGAAAGUAGGGGAGUUGUGCCAGCUUAUCUGUAAGCCAGAAUAUGCCUAUGGAUCUGCAGGCAGCCCACCUAAGAUACCUCCCAAUGCCACUCUUGUUUUUGAGGUGGAACUCUUUGAAUUUCGAGGUGAGGACCUGACUGAAAACGAGGAUGGAGGAAUCAUUCGGCGCAUUAUCACCAGAGGGCAGGGCUAUUCCAAGCCUAACGAAGGAGCUUCUGUUGAAGUUACUCUGGAGGGUACCUGUGAUGGGCGUGUGUUUGACGAGAGAGAGCUCAAGUUUGAGGUUGGAGACGGAGAGAAUCUUGGCUUGCCAGCUGGAGUGGAGAAAGCGAUCAUGGCUAUGGAGCAGGGAGAAGAGGCGCUCUUCAUUAUUAAGUCCAAGUACGGCUUUGGUAAUGCGGGAAAUGCAAAGUACAACAUUCCCGGCGGGGCUACAUUGCAGUACAAGAUCAAACUGACAGCUUUUGAGAAGGCUAAGGAAUCGUGGGAAAUGAACACAGCAGAAAAACUGGAGCAAAGCGUCAUUGUAAAAGAGAAAGGAACGCAGUAUUUUAAGGAGGGAAAAUACAAGCAGGCGUCUGUGCAGUACAGAAGGAUUGUCUCAUGGCUGGAACAUGAGUCUGGUUUGUCACCAGAGGAUGAAAAUAAAGCAAAAGCACUGCAACUGGCUGCACAUCUGAACUUGGCCAUGUGCUUCCUCAAACUACAGGAGCCAAACCAGGCCCUGGAAAACUGUGACAAGGCUUUGGAGUUAGAUGGAUCCAAUGAGAAGGCUUUAUUCCGAAGGGGAGAGGCGCUGUUUGGCAUGAAGGAGUUUGACCAAGCAAGAGAUGAUUUCCAGCGAGUACUUCAGUUGUAUCCUGCCAACAAGGCUGCCAAGAGCCAGGUGGUCCUUUGUCAGAAACGUAUUAAGGAGCAGCAUGAGAAGGACAAACGCAUCUAUGCCAACAUGUUCCAGAAAUUUGCAGAGAGGGAUUCAAAGAAAGAAGCAGAUAAGGGGAAGAGCGAGAGCAAGGAGAACGCCGACGAUGACAUGGAGAUCGAGAACGGAGAAAAGGAAGUUCCCAGUGAAGCGAAAGCGUAGAUGAAGAUGCAGCUCAUCUGUACUUCAGACUUUUUUGUAACUUUGGCCAUUUGUGUUUUAAGGUGUGACUGUGUGUAUAUGAAAUGUGUGUGAGUGAGCGUGUCAUCGAGAGCACUGAGCUUGGGCACGUCUUCGCCGGCUUUCCUUGUGUCCAGGCUUUUUUUUGCUGUGGCAGCUAGCUGUGCGGGCGAGGCUUCCCCGGCCAGUGGCCACGGCGGGAUGUGGAUUUAAUAAAAGAUUAGUGUGCCGCCACGCUGCCUCCCCCACCCCGAACCCUUUCAGCCCACAGCUUCAAACUGUGCAUGUGUUUUCACUUUGGGUAGGAAAAAAAAAAGUGCAUCCCAAGCGUUAGGUGCAGAAUUUCACCCGUCAAGGGCUAGACCAUUCACCUUGCACUACCUUCUGUCCCAUAACCCCCCUUCAUGUUUUUGCUGUCCAUCCAAGCCUCCUUUCAUGGGCCUACUGAUCAAUUCCUGGAGUUGUGAUGGCUGUGUGCAUAGAUCUGAUGUUUUUUGAAUGUUAGUGCCUGUAUCCCAAAGUAUGUAUGUAGCAGCACUGUGGAUAGGUGGAGUAAUGCAAUGUUAGUCUGGAAUAGCUGUUGAACUUUUUGAGCUUCUCUCUAAGUCUAAAGAUGGAGCUCCCUUACAACCCCUAGGGUACAGGACUGUUCACUUUUACUUUGGAAAUAUUGACCUUUUUUUGUUUUGGAAAUACUGACUACUUUUUAUUUCCUAGUGUUGUGCUUGUGAUUUCUGUAUUGUUCUCAAAAUGAUGAUUACAUCUGAUUACUUAACUGGAAUAUGUGCAUUUUAAAGCAGCUACAAUAGAAAGGACAUGAGUUAACUUCUCCUGGACACACUCAAAUAGUACACAGUUAAGUCUUAGUCUUAAUUUACUGUAAAGAGAAAAAAAAGUAUGUGUAUGAAAGCGUGCAUAUUCAGCUCGUCAGAUUCAGGUUGUAAAGACUGUACACCUUGAGGAAGAUGUACGCCCUGUACACUUUAGAUAGCAGUAUCUGCAGGGAGGAGCAGAAAGUCCUAAUGUAAAACAGGGCUGCGUUUGUCUUUUGUUGGGAAAAGUCACUGCGGGUCUCUCCUGACAGAAGGAUAUAAUAAACAGUAGCUACAACUUG